AUGUCAAAACCGAAGAAACACGAGAAACACCUGGAGAUCGAGAUGCUCCUCGACUCGAUUCAGCAGUUGGAAGCCAAGAAGAUCCUGACAACGACGGACGCGCUUCAACCUCUUCUGCUAGCAGAGGCCAUUACGGACAGGGGGUCAUACUUGAGUGGUAUUUACACCAAAGAGAUGAAGGAAGCAGCCGCAGAUCUGGAGAAGAGGGAAGACAUCACUGUAAGGCGUGCAGACAAGACAGCCACAUUCGUGUUCAUCAGCACCUCGGAAUACUUCGAGAAACUCGACGCCAUCUUGUCUGAUGUCUCCAAGUUCGAGAGACUCACGAAGAACCUGAUGGAAGACAUCAAACGCGACGCCAACCGGGUCAUCACAGCCGUGAAUACCGCUACGAAUACCACGCACCUCCCGCCCAUCCAAGGUGACUACAGCCUCGGCUACCUAUACGGGAACGUGAAGACCCACAAGGAAGGCAACUCCGUACACCCGAUCAUCAGCCAAACACCCGCCCCGACUUACUUUCUGGCUAAACGCCUUAAUAAAAUUCUGACUCCAUAUAUCCCCUCCAGGUACUGCCUCACCUCAUCGGUGGACUUUUUGGAGAAGAUCCUCGACUCCUCCGGUGGGGGAACCAUGGCGUCCUUAGAUGUUGAGUCCCUAUUCACCAACGUCCCAGUUGACGAGACGAUAGGGAUCAUCAUGGAGAGGGUAUAUAGGAAUCCCGAUAUGAGACCUCCUAACAUCCCAGAAGACUCUAUAAGAACCCUGCUAGAUAUCUGUACGAAGAGAGCCCCUUUCACCACCCACCGAGGACAGAUGUACUGCAAAAAGGACUUGCGUAGCGAUGGGGUCCCCCUUAGGAGUCCUCUUCGCUAA